GUGCAUAUGCCUAUUCGCUCUUUCUGUCAGCACAGCACUCCUGAAUUGGAAGGUGCCACACUUAUAGGUGAGGGUGGUGGACCAAGGUUGAAACCUGCAAAUAACAGAAAAGUAAAAGGGGCACGGAUAGGCACGGUUAGACGACUAAUCCCUUGUCUGUCCACAAAGGAUGGAGAACGCACACGCAAAGGGCCCGGCGGAAUGCCUGGCCUACUUCGGAGUGAAUGAGAACAUUGGUCUUACUCCCGACCAGUUCAAGAAGAACCUGGACAAGUAUGGCUACAAUGAGCUGCCUGCUGAGGAGGGUAAGACCAUCUGGGAGCUGGUGAUUGAGCAGUUUGAGGACCUGCUUGUCAGGAUCCUGCUGCUCGCUGCCUGCAUCUCCUUCGUUCUGGCCUGGUUUGAGGAGGGUGAGGAGACUGUCACUGCCUUUGUGGAGCCUUUUGUCAUCCUUCUUAUCCUCAUUGCCAACGCUAUUGUCGGAGUGUGGCAGGAGCGCAAUGCUGAAAGUGCCAUCGAGGCUCUUAAGGAGUACGAGCCUGAGAUGGGCAAGGUUUACCGUUCUGACAGAAAGCGUGUUCAGAUGAUCAAGGCCAGAGAAAUCGUCCCUGGAGACAUUGUGGAGGUGUCCGUUGGUGACAAAGUCCCCGCUGACAUCAGGAUUGUUUCCAUCAAGUCCACCACCCUGCGUGUUGACCAGUCCAUCCUUACUGGUGAGUCCGUGAGUGUGAUCAAGCACAAUGAGGCCGUCCCCGACCUCAGAGCUGUGAACCAGGACAAGAAGAACAUGCUGUUCUCUGGCACCAACAUCGCUGCAGGUAAGGCCAUCGGUGUUGCUGUGGCCACCGGAGUCGCUACCGAGAUUGGCAAGAUCCGUGACCAGAUGGCCGCUACCGAACAAGAGAAGACUCCUCUGCAGGCCAAGCUCGACGAGUUUGGCGAGCAGCUGUCCAAGGUCAUCUCCCUGAUCUGUGUUGCCGUCUGGGCCAUCAACAUCGGCCACUUCAAUGACCCCGUCCACGGUGGCUCAUGGAUUCGCGGUGCCGUCUACUACUUCAAGAUCGCCGUCGCUCUGGCCGUGGCCGCCAUCCCCGAGGGUCUGCCCGCUGUCAUCACCACCUGCCUGGCCCUGGGUACUCGUCGUAUGGCCAAGAAGAACGCCAUUGUCAGAAGCCUGCCCUCUGUGGAGACCCUGGGCUGCACCUCCGUCAUCUGCUCUGACAAAACCGGUACCCUCACCACCAACCAGAUGUGUGUGACCAAGAUGUUUGUUGUCAAGGACGUUGAUGGCGACCACGUUGAGCUUGAUGCUUUUGACAUCUCCGGAUCCAAGUACACCCCCGAGGGCGAGGUCUCCCAGGGAGGAGCCAAGACCAACUGCAGUGCCUACGACGGACUCGUUGAGCUGGCCACCAUCUGCGCCCUGUGCAAUGACUCCUCUCUGGACUACAACGAGUCCAAGAAGAUCUAUGAGAAGGUCGGUGAGGCCACUGAGACCGCUCUGUGCUGCCUGGUGGAGAAGAUGAAUGUGUUCAACACCAACGUGAAGAACCUGUCCAGAAUUGAGAGAGCCAAUACCUGCUGUGCUGUCAUCAAACAGCUCAUGAGGAAGAACUUCACUCUGGAGUUCUCUCGUGACAGGAAGUCCAUGUCCGUGUACUGCACACCCUCUAAGGGAGACGGUGGCGCCAAGAUGUUUGUCAAGGUCGGUCCUGAUCGUUUGUCAGGUCACACGUGCGUGCUCUCUGACUGGGCCGUUAUUCAACAUAUCGCUUGCUCUUUACAGGGUGCCCCCGAGGGUGUGAUUGACAGGUGCGCAUAUGUGCGUGUGGGCACCACCCGCAUCCCACUGACCAACGCCAUCAAGGAGAAAAUCAUGGCUGUGAUCAGGGACUGGGGUACCGGCCGCGACACCCUGCGUUGUCUGGCCCUGGCCACCCGUGACUCCCCGCUGAAGCCCGCCGAGAUGAACCUUGAAGACUCAACCAAGUUCGGUGAUUAUGAGACUGACCUGACCUUCGUUGGCUGCGUGGGUAUGCUGGAUCCCCCUCGUAAGGAGGUCACUGGCUCCAUUGAGCUGUGCAGAGAAGCCGGAAUCCGCGUCAUCAUGAUCACCGGCGACAACAAGGGAACUGCCAUUGCUAUCUGCCGUCGUAUUGGCAUCUUCACUGAGGAUGAGGAUGUGUCCGGAAAAGCCUACACUGGACGUGAGUUCGACGACCUGCCCCUUCACGAACAGGCCGAGGCCGUGCGCCGGGCUUGCUGCUUUGCCCGUGUGGAGCCAGCUCACAAGUCCAAGAUUGUGGAGUACCUGCAGGGUUUCGAUGACAUUACUGCUAUGACUGGUGAUGGUGUGAACGAUGCCCCUGCCCUGAAGAAGGCCGAGAUCGGCAUCGCCAUGGGCUCUGGCACUGCCGUUGCCAAGUCUGCCUCUGAGAUGGUCCUGGCUGACGACAACUUCUCUUCCAUUGUGGCUGCCGUUGAGGAGGGCAGAGCUAUCUACAACAACAUGAAGCAGUUCAUCCGCUACCUCAUCUCCUCCAACGUCGGUGAGGUCGUCUGUAUCUUCCUGACUGCUGCCCUGGGUCUGCCCGAGGCUCUGAUCCCCGUCCAGCUGCUGUGGGUCAACCUGGUGACUGACGGUCUGCCUGCUACUGCUCUGGGCUUCAACCCCCCUGACCUUGACAUCAUGGGCAAGCCCCCACGUUCCCCCAAGGAGCCUCUGAUCUCUGGCUGGCUGUUCUUCAGAUACAUGGCUAUUGGUGGAUACGUUGGUGCCGCCACUGUUGCUGGCGCUGCUUGGUGGUUCAUGUACGAUGUCACCGGUCCUCAGGUCACAUAUUACCAGCUGUCCCACUUCAUGCAGUGCCAUGAUGAGAACGAGGACUUUGCUGGCCUGGAAUGUGAGAUCUUUGAGGCUUCCGCUCCCAUGACCAUGGCCUUGUCUGUGCUGGUCACCAUUGAGAUGUGCAAUGCCCUCAACAGCUUGUCAGAGAACCAGUCUCUGAUCCGUAUGCCCCCAUGGAGCAACUUCUGGCUGCUUUCUGCCAUGACCCUUUCCAUGUCUCUGCACUUCUUGAUCAUCUAUGUUGACCCCCUGCCCAUGAUCUUCAAGUUGACCCACUUGAACACAGAACAAUGGAUGGUGGUCCUGAAACUUUCCUUCCCUGUCAUUCUCAUUGAUGAGGUGCUGAAGUUUGUGGCCCGCAACUACGUUGAGAAGUAAAUUGGGUCAGCCCACCACCAAAUAGCCUGUAACUAAAUCAAGGAGGCGUAGAAAUAAAAUAGAGAUGUAGAAGAAGUCCGUAAAGGUCGAGGAGAGAGAGAGAGAGAGAGGAAGAUCACAGCCCAAGAGGGGAGCCGUUGUGAGCCAACCAAUAAAAGAGAGAAGAAACACAGGAAAACAU